AUGUUUCACUCCCUCCCUUCAUGCAUGGAGGACCUUUUCCAGGCCUGGGGUCGUGCUGGCCGUGAUGGCCUUCCUGCCAAAUGCUAUUUGUAUUUUUCAUUUGGAGACAGAGUUUUCCACGUAAGAAACAUUUUUGAUCAGCACAAUUUUGAUUCACAAAGGCAAACUUCCUCUCUUUUACGGUUUCAAAGGGUCUUAGAUUUUGUGAUGUCUAAGGAAUGUAGACGGAAAAAAUUAAUAACAUAUUUCAACCCAGAAGAAGCUGGUUUGGCUCUAUGUGAUGAUUGUGAUAUUUGCAAAGAUUCUGUGGCAAAUACACCUCUUACUAACGACUACACACCACAAAUCACCAGAAUAAUUGAGUUUCUUCAGGUUGUGGAAAGGCCCAUCACUAUUAAGUACCUGGCUCAAGUUGCAUCUGGAAAAAUGAAUAAGAAAAUUAGAGAAAAUAGAGAUGAACACUCUUCAAUUUUUGCAAUUUUCAAGUGUACUGUUAAUGCAUGUGAACUUUUCUUGCGACACACUGUAACAAAGGACAUACUAAGAGAGGUGCCACCUGCACAUGGAGUGAACAAUUGUUCCUACUUGCAGCUGAAACUUGGAAGCCAGUACUUACAGUAUGUUAGUGGACAGACCAAGUUAAUGUACCGUUCCUUGUAA